AUGAGUGAUGGAUUUUGCGGUACUCAUUUGCAGAUCAUGGUUAGGAACAGAGGAUUAGGUCGUGCCUUAGGUCAGGUCACUCGCAGAGGUGUGGGCAGAGGAGAUCAUGAUGAUUCCGAUGAUGCUCCACAGCGUCGACGACCUACUGCAUCCGCACGGAGGCAGCGAGUCGCUGUGACUGCGGAUCACGUCGAGGAGCCAGUCAUCCCUAACCCAGAUGUUCAGGAUGACCCGAUGGAGGCACCAGCUGCUGUGGAGGACAUUCCUGCGGACAUUCCUGCGGACGCAUGCGCAGAGGCGGCUGAGGAUCAGCCUCAGGGAUUUCCGGGUGGUCCGAGCGACCCAUCUGUGCUGACAGCGUAUACGGAUCAUGUUGCUUGCAGCGUAUGGACGAGAGAGGAGCAUCCUGAAUUGAAGUUAUCCUCGCAUGGGAGGAAGGUCCAUAGUUUAGGCAGGUCUGUCCCUGCCAUUGAGGGACUUAUCACUGGUACAGGACUAAGUCCUCUGAUCGCGUGUUCGGUAGACACCGGCGAUUGGGGACUUUUGUCCGCGUUUGUGGAGCGGUGGCACCGGGAGACGUCUAGUUUCCAUCUCCCGGUGGGUGAGCUCACCAUCACAUUGGACGACGUCUCGUCUCUUCUCCAUCUUCCCAUUAUAGGCGACUUUCACGCAUUUGAGCCCUUGCACGUGGAUGAUGCGGUUCAGAUGCUGGUGGACUUGUUGAUGGUGUCUCCAGAGUCUGCUAGGGCUGAGACAGCAGGUCAUUGGACAGCUGCGGCUCGUGCAUAUCUUCUUCACCUGUUGGGUUGCACUCUGUUUGCUAACAAGAGUGCAACCAAUGUCCAUGUUGUCUACUUGGAGGCCCUUCGUGACCUCAGUAUGACAGAGAGGUACGCUUGGGGAGUGACUGCUUUGGUUCAUAUGUACGACCAGCUGAACGAUGCAUCCAUGAGCCACAAUCGACAGCUUGGCGGUUACAUCACACUGCUGCAGUGCUGGAUUUACGAGCACUUUUCCUCAAUUGCGGAGUCCACCGCUGAUCAGGACUACGACGAGGCUUCUUCGCGUGCGUGCAGGUGGAUUGCGACAAAGAAGACCGUGAAGAGCAUUCGCACGCCGUCGUAUAGGGAGUGCCUGGAUCGACUCCGAAUUCCGGAUGUCUGUUGGAUCCCGUAUGGGGAGCAUCGGGAGGUCCGGGACUUCCAUGUCAGGUCAUGCUACUCCGGUCUCUUGCGUUGGGGGCCUAUUGCUGUGUAUUACCGAUCGGAGAGGAUCGUGCGACAGUUUGGUUACACGCAGACCAUUCCUGCUCCUCCUGUCGAUUCAUGGGUCUCGUAUGAUGAUAUACACGACAUGUGGAUGCACUACGAGGAUCAUAUCGUACCUGCAGGUGAGGUGUGCGUGGUGCCAGGGGCGUGUUCCAGUGACUACAUCGACUGGUUCUUCCGCAUCUCUCAUCCUUUCAUGACACCAGGCCACGCAGUAGAUCCUCUGCCUCAUGGUCACGCCCCGCAGCCCCGAGUCGUCCCUCGGGCCCCGCAGGCGGAUAUCCCUCGCGUGCCGGAGCCAGGAGCAUUGUCAACAUCUAUGGAGGAGCCCAGACAUGCAGUGGAAGUUUGUGAUGACAUUGCUGAGCGGUUGGAGCGCCAUCUGAGUCUAGGGGUGGUCACGCCUAGCUCAUCGACACAUGAGGUGAUCGAAGAAUGCCUCAGAUUGGCCAGGAGUGUCACACAGGACCAUCUAGUAUACGUUAGGUGUAGGCGCAGUCGGCGCACUAAUCAGGCUUAG